AUGUCAGAUCAAGACCAGAACCCACCAUUGAAGAGGCAAAAAAUCAAAAAGGCUUGUGAUAACUGUCGCUCAAGAAAGAUCAAGUGUGAUGGUGAGCAGCCAUGUGUGAAGUGUCGAAACAGUGGUGCUAAUUGUCUGUAUACUCAUGUGGAAAAGAAGAGGCAAGUCACCAAGAAGGAUGAUAAGUCAUCAACUAUUCAAAGUCUUGACCAACGGAUGAAUAAGAUGGAAAGCCUUAUAACCACAUUGAUUGAAAAGUUGAAUACUCCAGAUGGUUCUUCUUCUUACAAAGAUUCUACAGAUGGUGCUCAAAGUUCAAUAAAUCUUUCAGCUUCUUCAACUGAUAUUAAUAGUCCGCAAAACACAGAAGUUCAAUCUCAAGUAUUACCGUCAACAUCACCAGUACCACCCGCCGAUGAUAUUGGUACAGCUGGACUAACUACAAAGAGCGUUAAUAAGUUUGAAGACAAGUAUAUUGGGUCUCAGUCCUCAUUAUCAGUCCUAUCACCAAGAGGUUUAAUGUGGUUAGCAAAGAAAGCCAACGAUCCAACAAUUAUAAGUCAAUUCAAAACUAUUGUUACAAAAUCUCAUGGGGUUUUCUAUAAUUAUAUGAAGAAAUGGAUCGAGCCUAUAGACAAGUCUCAAGUUUGUCAAUUACCCCCAAGAGAAACAAUGGAUCAGUUGAUGAAAGUUUAUGAAAAAGAUUUAUUACAAUUUUCAUUCUUCAUGCCAUUAGAUGAAGUUAGAACUAUGAUUGAUACAUAUUAUGGCAUCCAAGAGAAAACAACACACAAGAGACUUUCGAAUUCUGAAUUCUUAGUUUUGCAUUGUGUUGCAGCUAUAUCUGCAAACCUUUUAGCUGAAGAACAUGCAGGUGAUUUGACCACUUUGAGAACUUUGAAAAAAAUUGAGGAUGAUAAUGUAAACACAGCUAUCCAUUAUUAUCAUAGAAUUGCUAUUAUUGGAGAAGGGAUUAAAUCUGUUCAAGGUAUUUUAUUAUUGUUUUCUCAUACAAAUUUCUCUUUAUUGCCACAGGCUAAUUUUACAUUGAUUUCAACAGCUAUUAGACAUUCUCAAGGUAUUGGUUUACAUAGAAAAGAAGCAUUGUUAGGACUACCAGAGGAAGAAAAGAGAAAGAAGAGAAAAGUUUGGUGGUGGGCUUAUCUUGCUGAUCGUACAGAUUGUCUUAAAGCAGGUAAACCAUUAAGUAUAGGAGACUUUGAUGUAUCUGUUAUGGAUCUAGAAGAAUUUAGAGAUUUGAUUUUUGAAGGUUAUUCAGAAGAAUUAUUGAACAAUAUCUUUAGUGGGGAAGUUGAUUUGAUGGAUCCUAAAGCCAAGGGAUUAACUAAUUUGAAAGAACCUUCAUUACCAUUUGAUAUAAACGCAGUCAUCUCAUAUUUUAUUACAUGUUUUUACAAGAACACUGGUGAAGCUUAUGAAAAAUUGUUUUCUGCCACUGCUUUGAUUGGUAAAAAUGCUGAUCAAAUAAUGGAGACAAUCGAAACAUUGAACCUGAAACUAGAGGCUUGGAAUGAGAAUGUCCCAAUUUCAAUCAGACCUGGUGCUCCUUUAAGACUUGGGGUGUAUAAUGAUCUGGUUGAUGAUAAGCUGUUGAUGUUACAUUUCACUUAUUAUCUCCACGUGAUGAUUAUCAAUAGAAUGGCUUUCAAGCGUUCUUGGUUAAACCAUGAUCAAGAAACAGUGGAUGACAAUUCCACAAUACUACCAAGACAAAGAAAAUCCAUCAUCAAAUGCUUAGAGGCUGCUAGAACUAUUCUUCGUAUUGUUCAGCAAAUGAAUGCUUGCAAAAGUUCAAACUUUAAUAUUCCACUGUUUGUUUUCACAUCAGCUUUUUUCACAUUAUUGACUGCUUGCUUAGAAUUUCCUACUGCUAAUGAAUCCAAAAAUGAUUUGAUUUUAAUUCAACAUACCAUUAAAGUUUUAUUCACAAAAUUACAAAUAAUGUCAAAUCAGUUAGGUGAUGAUAAGAUCUACAAUAUUAUGGCUCAUUCAACCAAGUUUUUUUUAAGAGUUGGUAUUUUAGUAUACAACAACGCUAAUGUGGACAAGAUUGAUUCUAGUGCGUUGGAUGAAGAACUAAGACAGUAUCAAAAGCUUUUGGAAGAAUCAACAUCAUCACACAAGAGAAGGAGAUCUGGAAAUUUGAAACCGUCAAGUCAAUUUUCACCACCCCAACCAUCAUCCUUAAGCCACAUGAGAUCAACAAAUACUGAGCAGGGUGUUCCUCAAUAUGGACCAUCCAUACCAUCAAGCCAGGCGAAUACUCCAAAUCUAAACAAUAUUUUGAACGACCCACUUUCGCAUGCUACUGGUCAGCCAUAUGAUGGUGUUUCAAACCCUGCUUCUGUUGGUUCUGUUUCUUCUACUGAUGGAUUUGAUCCUUUCAAUUUAUCAGAGAUUGAUAUUGCAGCAAAUAACAAUGUGUUUAAGCAAUUGUUUCCAAUGCCAAAUUUAUAUUUCAAUGGAACAGAUCAAGGAAAUGAUUCUCUCCCUGUUCAUUUUGAAUGGUGA